AUGCAUGGAUUUAGCAGUGGUAUAAUAAGCAUAUUGGAUUACCAAGAAGACCUUCAAAUUGGUGCAGCAAGUUGUGUGCUGGAAUGUCAACUACGUGAUGCAGAAAACUGUGUACAAGACAGUUAUCCAGAGAGCGAUGAGGACAAUGAGCAUGAAGACUGUAGUGAUGCAGCUAGUUGUGAAGAUAGUGAAAUUGACGAUAACAAACAGACCAGCGAUGGAAUUGGAGUAGUGGUGGAAUUAUCAUUUAGUACAAGCGAGAAAGAUCUUGAAUGUUUUGAUUGGGAAAAGUUUUACUCUACUGGAGAUCUUGUCAGGAAAAUAGAUUCUAGUGAAACAGCAGGAACUGAGGACAUUCAGGAACAAAUAACUACAGAAACACUCGGAUGGAAGAAAAGGAGAGUUCCAACUCUGUGCAACCGGGAGGCAUUCAGGAAGCCACGGGGCAUGGGAGCAGUAGAACGAUCCAUGAGGCGAUAUUGUGAGAAAAGGGAAGGAACUAUAUUUGAACCAUAUGUUGGUCUAGAGUUUGAUUCAGAAGCAGAGGCAUUUAAAUACGGCUAUCAGACAUCUAGGGUCUUGGUCUGCCAGAGAUGGGGUUUUGAUAAGCGUGUGAAAACAAAGACGAAAGGAUGCAACUGCAAGGCGAUGAUUAAAUUGCACUGGACAGAAGAUGAUGGCUGGUUCAUAUCAACAUUUGUAAAAGAACAUAACCAUGAAUUAUCAGCAACAGAUCAAGAGAAAAAAGAAUGGAACUCCCAUGGAGACAUAGAUCAGGCAACAAGGGACAUGAUAAAAUAUCUACGGGAAAACAAUAUCUCACUCAGUAAAGUACAUUGCAUAAUGGGUAGCAUGUUUGGCAGUAUGGACAACAUUCCUUUCACUAGGAGGUGCACAUAUUGCAAGGGAACAUCGGGAUCAUGA